UUCUUACAUGCAUGCACUUCAUCGAAAAAACCACAUCAACAACGGAAUGACCACGCGGUAGCCUUGGCUUCACACCCUGCUGGCGGCAGACAGGAAGCAGCAAAAAUAAUCACCAUGGAGUCGUCAAGAGUGUUCGUCAAGAACUUGCCGCCCGCCAUCUCCGAGGCUGAGUUCCGCAAACACUUUUCAGCCCAGGGCCGCGAAGUCACCGAUGUCAAGCUCAUCCCCAACCGCCGCAUCGGCUUUGUUGGUUACAAGUCGCAUGAGGAUGCUGCAAAGGCCGUCAAGUACUUCAACCGGUCCUUUAUUCGCAUGUCCAGGAUUGGCGUCGACCUGGCCAAGCCGAUUGCAGACUCAAAUCCAAGACUGCCAACCGCAAAGGAUUCCCAACGCCAUGGGGUGCCUAGAGCUUCUGCUCUCGGCCCUAGCGUCCCCAAUGUAGAGCAGGCCGAGGACGAGAGUUCCAAAAAGAGGAAGCGGGCGGCGCUUGACGAAGGGGACCACAAACUGCAAGAGUACCUCGAGGUCAUGGGCCAUCCGACCAAGAGGCCUCGAGACCAAGAAGCGUCAAGCGGCAAUGCCCAGCCAGAGUUGGCAUCCGCGUUGCCCCCUGCUGUUAUGGAAGCAGGCGAGAGUGAUGACGAGUAUGAGGACAUCCCCACACGCGGUUUAAAAGCGGCACCUACGGGGAGUUCUGCUCAUGUCGACAUCCCACCUGCUCCUACAGCGAAUAAUGAAACCCCCACAUCCGCAGCAGCAGGAGAUGGAUCCGCAAGGGAAGCACCAGAGGUGUCGGUAGAUGCGACAGACGACGACUGGCUUCGGUCGAGGACAAGUCGUCUGCUCGACCUCGUGGAUCCAGAUGAUCCGGGGUUCGCCACAAGGGUAACCCCAUCGGUGCCUGCGGCUCAGUCUGCACCCGAGCCUCAAGAACCGGCACGGGAUGCCGUUGAUGCCGACUUUGAUGGCCUUAACGAGGAUGCCCCCGUCCCGGCCGGGAGUAACGAGGACGUUGCCAAGCUAGUCGAAAGGACGUCGAGGCUGUUCCUGCGAAAUCUCAGCUAUAACGUCACCGAGGACGACGUUAGGGAACGCUUCGCGAAAUUCGGAAAUCUUGAGGAGAGCAAGGGCUUCGCCAUGAUCCGGUAUGAGCAACCUGCUGCCGCGGUCGAUGCAUUCCAAACAGAUGGCUCGGUUUUUCAGGGCCGAAUAAUACACAUUCUCCCUGCCUCUGCCAAAAGGGAGAACAAGCUUGACGAAUUUGCAAUCUCAAAAUUGCCCCUCAAGAAGCAGCAGCUCCUCAAGAAAAAGGCCGAGGCCGCGUCCAGCAGCUUCAACUGGAAUUCACUUUUCAUGAGCCAAGACGCCGUCAACACAGCCAUGGCAGAGCGUCUCGGUGUUUCCAAACACGAGCUCUUGGAUCCCACGGACGCGUCUGCUGCCGUGAAACAGGCAGUUGCCGAGACCACAGUAAUCCAGGAGGCCAAGGCCUAUUUCGCCACCCAUGGUGUGAAUAUCGAGGCGUUCAAGUCGCAGCAACGAGGGGAUACCUCGAUCCUCGUGAAGAACAUCCGAAACGCCUCGAUUGAAGAAUUGAGGACCCUCUUUGAGGAGCACGGCGCCGUGCUGAGGGUCCUGAUGCCACCAAGCGGUACCAUCGCGAUCGUUCAGUUCGCACAGCCAGCAGUCUGCCGGGCUGCGUUUGCCAAAAAGGCCUACUCUCGGUUCAAGGAAUCGGUUCUGUUUCUUGAGAAAGGCCCGAAAGGGCUGUUCGUAGACCAUGCCGCCCCGCCCCAGGAUCGCCCUGCUGGUGUUCAAAAGCCGUCCGUUGCCGAAUUGCUGGAACGUGAUGACGCCGAGGAUCAACUCGAGACGGCUUCUCUAUUCGUCCGUAAUCUCAACUUCUCAACUACCACUGAGGGCUUAACCAACGCCUUCAAACCCCUGGACGGGUUUGUAAGUGCAAAGGUCAAGACCAAGACGGACCCCAAGAAGCCGGGUCAGGUGCUCAGUAUGGGCUUCGGCUUUUGUGCCUUCAAGACGAAAGAGCAAGCUCAGGCGGCUCUCAAGGUCAUGGAUGGGUAUGUCCUGGAUGCACACAAGCUCCUUGUCAAAGCAUCGCACAGGGGCCAUGAUGCAGCCGAGGAGCGUAGGCGCGAGGACCUCGCCAAGAAGGCGGCGGCGCAGCGAACAAAGGUUGUCGUCAAGAACCUCCCAUUCGAGGCAUCUAAAAAGGAUGUCCGCGCCCUAUUUAGCGCGUAUGGCAAACUGGUUGCACUCCGCCUCCCAAAGAAGUUCAACCACACAUCACGCGGAUUCGCUUUCGCCGAGUUUUCAACAGCAAAGGAGGCGCUCAACGCUCUCACUGCGCUAAAGGACACCCAUCUUUUAGGGCGUCGGCUGGUGCUCGACUUCGCAGAGGCCGACGAGGUUGAUCCGGAGGAGCAAAUCAAGGCCAUGGAGAAGAAGAUCAGGGGGCAGGUGAACAAGGUCACGUUGCAGGAGCUUACAGGAGAAGGGAGGAAAAGGGAGGCCCUCACACCUUUCCCGUUGCGUCCGAUCAGUUCCUGCGUAGGGCUAAUCUUGUUCGCGUGCCUGGGGUGGCCUUUUCCCCGAAAGCAGCCCGCGGUCCCGAAACGCUCCGCGCCAACCGAGCAGCUGCGCAGGUUUUCAUGGGGGCCGCCUCCACGGGUUUGGAUCCCCUUGCGUUCCAGUUGGGCUGGGCCAACAACCCUGUUUGGCAUAGACGCGGCAGUCGCCCUGGGUGGUGUUGUUGCAACAGCAUCCCUAUACCGGGAUGGGGUGCACUCGAUCCUGGCCUCUGUUUGCCGCCCAGGAUACGUUGUAGGACUGCGAUGUCCACUGUGCUCAACAAUGGAACUCCAGGUCGGACUCCCAGUGCUCUCGGCUCAAUGCUAUUCACCAUCACCGGAUCAUGAAUUCGAGGGCCGCCGUGCGGUCUCGAGUUCCAGGCAGCCCCUCCAGGAGUCGACGGGCAACAUUCAGCAUCCUCACAUGGCCUGGUACGCCCAGCAUCUAGAAGCUCUCUCGUCGAUCCCAUCCUCGAUCCCGCCGGUGAUACCGCCUGUCUUGCGAACACAGUCACUCGGGCCAGACUAUGGCGCGCCGUCGUACGCCAGAUCCCAGCAACGACACGAGCUUCACUCGCAUGGAAAGCGGCGGGCGCAGGGAUCCAACCCGCUCAUGCCCUUGUUGACCAAGGACUUCCAGAACUACCGGAAGAAGCAGGAAGACAAACCAGACCAAAAAUGGCCCGAGAUGUUGGAGGGGUUCUUCCUAGACGGGCGCAGUAAAUACACCAUGAAGCAACAAACAAACGGCCGAAACCAGCUCAUCGGCGAAUACCUGUGGAUUGCCUGCUGCCACAGCCUGAGUCCCGGGGAAGAACUCGACCCCCACGUGUUGGAGGUGAAGGCAGAAGGAGGAAGGAAGAAGGUGUCCAGCCACAUCCAGGUGCUCAGAAACUUCUUUUCGGCUCAUCGUUGCUUUCACUUUCUAUUUGGUCCACGGCAGAGGGACAAGGAAGAUAUCCACGUUGAGAAGGGGUCGCUCAAGAACAACCCUGUCUUGAUUGCCUUAUCCGAGGGCCGCAUCCUCGCCCUGAACGAACAAGUGCAAUUUAGGCCGAAGCGAUGCUGGAUCUUUGUUUCGCAUCCGGAUGUGGUCAUCGGCGAAGACGGGUCUGGGUACCUGCCGGCAACGGACAGCAAGCUCCGGGAGACAUGGGCCAAGGAGGAGCAGCAGUUGUUCAAGGGGGCCCUCCUUCAUGAGUUCACCAAGGAGAUGCACCAGGUCGAGUCGAGCAGCGUCAAUAGUUUCAGCAAGAAAUGGGAAUCGGCGUUCCCGGACCUGCAGCAACGGUUGAAAAACAUUACGUCUGCAACGACGGAUGCGAAAUGCGACAUUUUGCACUUACACGCCACGCUCGAGCUAAAAGAGAAGCGAAGCUUCCCGGCCGAGUCGAGCCUCAGCUCGUGGGUUGAGAUUAACAUCGAGCAGCCACGCCUGCUUAACCACAGGUGGCGCGUCGAGACGCGGCUCGAUGACUCGCACGGGGGCUCGUCUCAGGAAGAUAUCUGCGAGCGACACAAGGAGUUUACAAUCAAGUACCAGCAUCAGCCGGGGCAUUGUGAUUGUCUCUCGCAGCGCAGCCGUCGAGAUGGGGUUUCGGUUCCGUUCCCGAUCCCCUUCCCAGCUACAGCCUGGGCACAAACACUCACCAACUGUGCUGAGUACCCAGCUCAUCCCUUCAGCGGCAGCAAGAGACAUGAACGGGAGCGUGGGGCAGCUACCAAGGCGGAGAACGAUGACGAGGACGGGCGGAGAUCCCGUCGACGCGGUAAGCAGCCCACGCAAAUGGACUUGGUCCCGAAAAUCGCCAUGAUGCAGGAGGUCUUCUCCUGCCCGCCCACCUCACCUCACGAAGGGGGGACUAGUAACGGGGCUGAUCAAAGGUGGACGCGCCGUGCCGUGAUCCUAUGGACGUUUGAGACCAUCCAUAGCGUCAUCGCCGACAAGAACAAGAAGGAGCAAUUGGUAACCGCCCCAAGCGGGAGGACCAACUGGCGGUUCCUGACGAUCCUCGAUCCUGCCGGCGAGCAUCACCAGCGGCAAGCCGUCGCCAGCAACCGCAGGGCUUCUGCUGACGAGUAUCGGAGCGCCUCGAACAGCCUCGCUUGUGCUUCGCGGCCAGCAUCCCGCGCCGCCGCCAUGUCCCCUAGCCCGACCUACCAACAGCACCUAGGCGCAAGCGUGAAUGAGAACUUCCACUCCGCGUGGGAUAACAACGCCGGGCUUUCCUCGCUGUCCGGCCCGACGGCGCAGGCCUACGGUACCCACUUCAUGUCGCACACGAUGCCCUCACACACGGCGGUAAGCCAGGGGAGUUACAGUCUCCUCGACAGUUUUAGCAGCCACAGCGGCUUAGCUACACCUCCUCCGAGCGCCUCGAUGGCCAGUUCCUUUGCCCAACCCUUCGACACAGCUUCGGCAAGCUCGGAUAUGCUGCCGAGCUACAUGGUCACGCACGGCGCGGUGACAACGGCGGGCAUGGACCCGGGCUCACACAGCCUGGGCAGCGCCCUCUCGGCGGUAACCGACCCGUUCUUGUCGCAUGUCGGCGCGGCAUACGGCGGGACGCAAGACGGCAUCCACGGCUGGGACAGUCACAGUGUCGCGGGCAGCAUGGACGCCGCUGCCUCCUGGUCAUCAGGAUACUCCGGCAACAACACACUCCAUAGCGUCCACAACGGAGCCAUCGACUGGUCGGGCCCGCAACAGCCGUCCAUCCCCUCCCGGCGAGGCAGCGAACAGCAACACCAACCCCACUCGCACCAUCGCGUAGACCGACAACCGUGGGCACCAUCAACCCACCCCAUGGACGACCACGGCACGUGGACACCCAUACCCUCAGAAACCACCCGAACAACCAGCAGCCAUAACAGCCACCGCCACCACCACAGCAACAACAACCAUCCCCGCAGCCACCACCACCACGAUGUCCACAACGAGCACGAGCACACCACCACAGCAUCGCGGACCGCGAGCCAGGAGUGGGCGCACACCCACACCCACGCCUCAUCAACAGGCAGCGGAUCCGAUAUAUCACAGGACUGGGAGGAGAUGCACGCGCUGGCGGGGUCGACGGGCUCGGCGGGGCACACACCGCAGUCGCCGGACUCUCUGGAGGGGGACUCUCUGGAGGGGCACUCGCUGGAGGGGCACUCGCUGGGCUCCCUGGAUCUGCCGCACGACUUGGAGGGGGACGGGGGCUUAGUGGGGCAGGCGAAACAGCAAAUUGGUACCGGGCGUGGUGGAGGUGGGGGUGGUGAAGUGACGGGUUCGCUGGGGAUGGGGAGGGUGGGUUUGAAGCGGAGGUGGGAGGGCGAGGGGUUUGGGGAUGAGGGUGGGGACGGGGAGGGCGAUGGGGGGUAUCGGCGGUUGAGGGCGAGGAGUUAG